CUCACGUUUUCGUGUUGCUGCCGACAGCUGCGAUGGCAAUUCUUCUUCUCUGUUGACGCUUCAUAUGAGGAUUCGUAUUAGUAGUUCCACCUGUCCCUUUGGUUUCGAUCUCCCUUCGGCGCUUCUUCGACAGCAACCCAACAAGUCAGCUCCAACAUCAAAAUUUUGAAAACUAUGGUUUCUUCUGGAUCAGCUGCUGCGUGGGGUCUGCUUUUGGCUUUCGCCUUGAGCAGUGUCUCUGGUUAUGCUCCCUCGUUUGUCCCCCGUGACCAUGGAGUAAUUUCUCCCAUGCCCAAACAUGUGGUUGCUUCUCAAGUGUACGGAAACAGGAGAGCAUCUACAGCUACCAAGUCCAACACUAUCAAGAUGAUGCCCAUUGGUGUACCAAAAGUAGCCUACCGUGUUCCAGGAUCCCAACAGGCCGACUGGGUGGACAUCUACAACAGACUCUACAGAGAACGCAUCAUUUUCUUGGGUGCUGAAAUUGACGAUGAAUUGGCCAACCAGGUGAUUGGAGUCAUGUUGUAUCUGGAUUCCGAAGACAGCACCAAACCCAUUUAUUUGUACAUCAAUUCGCCUGGAGGAUCCGUUAUUUCAGGAUUGGCAAUCUACGACUGCAUGCAGCACAUUCAAUCGGAGGUCAUCACUAUCAAUCUGGGAUUGGCCGCCAGUAUGGGCAGUUUCAUCUUGGCAGCCGGAAGCAAAGGCAAACGUCUGGCUCUGCCCUCGUCAAGAGUUAUGAUCCAUCAACCCAUGGGUGGAGCCCAAGGUCAAGCCGAAGAUAUCAAAGUGGAAGCUGCCCAAGUCAUGCGUAUUCGGGAUAACUUGGUCAAGAUGUACUCUAUGAUGACGGGACAAACACAGGAUCAAAUUGUCAAAGACUUGGACCGCGACAACUUUAUGAGUGCACAGGAAGCCAUGGACUAUGGAUUGGUGGACCGAGUCUUGGAGUACAACAAAGAUUCUGAUACACAAUUGUAACUGAACAUGAAUGAAAACGGAAAACUUGAACGUCAACAACAUAUCUUCGUAGCUGCUAGUACUGUAGCAUUUGACCAAACUCUGCUUGCACUGUAGUUUGGGAGUUACUUCUAGUUAGUAAAGAUGUAAAACAAAUUUCCAGCAGUGGAGCACGGUACCGU